AUGAACGAAAUCCGCGCCGCGGCGAGCCCCAUCCGCAAGAUCAAUCAACGAAGAUCUACGAACACCAACGGCAACAGUAGGAACAUGUCAGAGUCGCCGCGCACACCGCGAACAUCGGGGGCGGGUAUGAUGCACAAUAAGAGACUGCCGACACAGCAACAACUCCGCCAUCACGGGCGAGAAAGCGACAUCGUGCCUGGGAGUAUAGUGCGGCCGAAAUGCGUGCCGAUUCUGGCGAAUUUUGAGGAGUGGAUGAAGAUGGCGACGGACAACAAGAUCAACGCGGCGAACUCGUGGAAUUUUGCCCUGAUCGACUACUUCCAUGAUAUGAGUCUGUUGAAGGAGGGCGAUGGAGUCAAUUUCCAAAAGGCGAGUUGUACGCUCGAUGGCUGUGUCAAGAUCUACACGAGCAGAGUCGACAGUGUCGCUACGGAAACGGGUCGAUUGCUCAGUGGAUUGGCAGAUGGAGAUGGGAAGAGGAGAAAAAAGGGCGACGGCGCCGAUGAUGAGGAGGAAGAAGACGGCGAUGAAGAUGGCGAAGAAGGAGAAGACGGGGAGGGGACGAAAAAAGCCAAGAAGAGACCGGUCAGAAGUCACGAAGCUACUCUUGCGCCCAGCUUUGCUUCGUUCCAGGGCAAGAAGCUCGAAUUGGAGUUUGCAGUAGAUCCGUUGUUCAAGAAAGCGUCGGCGGAUUUCGAUGAGGGAGGGGCUAAGGGUCUUUUGCUGAAUCAUUUGUCCAUCGACUCCGAUGGACGUAUCGUCUUUGACAGCAGUGACGAUGCCGGUGACGCGACUCUUUCGGCGGAAAAGGAGCAACACCAUUCUGAAGAACACAGUGAAAAUCAGGACGACGAUGACGAUGCCACCGAAGUGCCGGAGACAAGGGCAAAGACAACCACAGAAGAGGCAAAAGAAGAGGAGAAUGCCGAAGGCGACCAAGACGAAGAUAUCGAUUUGGUAGCCCUCGCUGCCAAAUUCUUUCCAGAUCUAGGCAUCUUGGAUUCCCAGGAUAUCUGUCCCUCCAUGAAAAUGUUCACGCUUGGUGACACGUCGGGAGAUCUGAGCAUCCCUUUCCUCAAAGCCCCGGACGACUGGCGAGAACAGAAAAAGGGGGCCGGGGCGGCAACGCCUCAGCACUCGACGAGUAACCCGAACCUCAAUCUUUCCGACCAGACUGGCAUCUUCCUCGACGGGAGUAAUGCCAUGGGCUUCGACGAUGACGACGACGAUGGUGGUCUUCUUGGGGGCUUCGAUGUCGCAGACAAUGUUGGCUUCGGCGAAGGAGGCGAAGCUUGGGCCAAAGAUGCCGCCGUUGAUGCGCAGACACGGCUUGCACGGGCUGAAGAUGUCGACGAUAACCUUAUCGAAGGAGACAAUGCCGACGGGUAUGCUCUAGCACUGCAGCACAAAUAUCAGGAAGACGCGGAGCACGAGUCGAUCAUGGCGUAUUUCGACAAAGCAUUCAAUUCGCGAGCCAAAGGCAAAACAGCGUUCAUGACCCUGGAGAACUGGCGAAUGCAAAAGAUCCAGAAGGCUCAACAAGGGGAGACGAGUGCGCCGACCCGACAGAGGAAAGAAAAGGAACCGUUCGAAAUUGACUUCCUUGGACCCACGUCGGAGAGCUUGCAGGAACUGCUUGAAGCACCUGCGGUGCUUAACUCGCAGAUCAGCCUGCCCAAAGCCCAAUGGAGGACGAAAGGGAGGAAUCUGCUCGACAAAGAUGAUGAGGUGGUCGAUCCGAGAAAGUUGAUGCGGCUGUGGACGAAGCCGAAGUGUCGAGUCGGAAGACGGAAGGGUGGCAUGGGCGUCAUCGACGAGGGCUUUGGCGCGAGAAACCGAUUUGGUAUGGUCAAGGAUAACGGAGAAGAUGACGACGAAGACGGCGAAGGUGAGGGACGGCAAGGUGACUACGAUGCCAAUUUCUUCGCCGAUGACGAUCAAAUGCCCUUCUUUGACGGACCUUUGCCCAUUGACGAUGAUGAUGAUGACGACGACGUCAACGGCGGAGGGGCGGGAGGAGCGGACGAUGAUGGCGCCCAAGCAUUCAUGGACGCGAGGGAGAUGCUCAGCCCUCAGCCUGAAGGACAUCAACAGCCGCCACCUGAUCUUCUUGGACAAAUCGAUGGUGAAGUUGAUGGCAUCGGUUCGCAGGAUCCGAACCAGCAGCCGAUGAACCCGCAGAUGCUGCUGCCGCCCCCACAAAGCCAGAAUGACUUGCUCCCAGGCAGUUUCGGGUCCCAGCUCGUGACGCAGGGCGGCCGGAGAUUGAGGCCGGAAUACGUCAAUUACGCGCGGAGCGCGAAGAAAGUGGACGUUCGUCGACUCAAAGAGAACAUGUGGAAAGGCAUGAGUCAGAAAUUGAUGGCCAUCAAUGUCUUCAGCAAGGAUGACCGGUUCGGGGGGAGGACCGAACGGCAAGAGGCUGGAGAUUCCCCUGCUCCCGUGGUCAACGAAGAUGUCGAUAUCGAUAUGAUGGAUGUGGAUGCUGAUGAUGCCGCUCCUGAUGCUGGCGAAGCGGGAGCUAUGGUGGACGAACACCACAACCUGACCUCAACCGACAAGAAUGAUGCGAAUGCCCCUGAGCAGACCCAACAGCUCACAUUCACCGACGUGAUGCGCGACCUGAAAUACGUCUACCCGGAUCAGCAGAUGAAGGAUAUCAGUACCUCAUACUGCUUCAUCUGUCUGCUCCAUCUGGCCAACGAGAAGGGGUUGGUUUUGGAGGUCGAGCGGGAUGGUGAGAAGGCGAUGCAGGACAUCAAGGUGUUCCGAGAUCCAAGUGUGGGAGAGGAAUACGAGGGCGAAUAG